AUGGAUUCAAAUGCAAAAUCAGUAUUAUGGGGUGCACCAAGUAAUGAUGACAGAGGAAUUAAGUUAAUGACGGUAAUUUCUAAAUGGAAUAGUUUGAUAGUUAAUGACCAGAGUGAUAUUCCAACCUUUUCUUCGACUAGAGGUGAAUCAUUUGUGGAUGUUGUUUUAGUGUCCGAUAAUAUGGAUAAAUUAGUUUCAAAUUGUUUAGUAAUGUAUGAAUAUACGACUAGUGAUCAUGCCCUUAUUUAUUAUAAAUUUGGUAUGUCGUCUUAUGAUUAUGGUGAAGAUUUUUUCUCUUUUCAAAAAUAUAGCAAGGUGAAUUGGUAUAAGUUUCGGAAAAUUUUGGAAAGAUUAUUACGUCCGAGUACAGGUGCUUGGGUUACAAAUAAGAGGGAUGUAAUAUUAUAUUGUGACCAUAUACAUAACAGUUUAUAUAAGACAAUGAAGAUAAUGUUCUCAGGUUCUUCUCAGGGUAGAUUAAAACCAUCAUGGUGGAAUGAUGAGUUAGAAUUGUUAAGGGCUAAGGUUUGUAGACUUAGACGUUGGUAUCAACGCAAAAAGGAUUUGUUGGUUAAAGAUAAUAUAUUAUAGGAGUAUAAAACAGCAAAUAAAUAUUAUAAGAAAUUAGUUCAGAAUAGAAAGAAA